GGCUCCGUACACUUGCAGAUGCCUGCAGCCGCAGCUUGCUUCACUGCGCGGGCGCAGCGGAACAUAAAAGAAAAACAAUGUGUAGGAAGAGGACAGCUGUUUCUGCUCACUAACACUGACUGAUCAUGGCCGGUCGGUGGCGAGGCGGUCCUCGGGUCUGUCCGGGAGAGCACACCGGGGGCCUAAAAACGGCGCAAGAACCGUCCGGGGAGACCGAGGAGUCGCUGCGGGAGAUGCCGCGGUGGAUGCGCCUGUACUUCUACGGGAUGCACGGCGUGACUCUGGAUGUCCUGCUCUCAUCUCUGCAGCGGGUUGUAAAAUAUCAAGACCCCAAACUGGUGGGCUUCUCCUCCCCGUAUCUCUGCGUCCUGCAUUCACUGACCCACUUCGCCCUGGAGAAGAUCUACUCCCGGAGGAGGUGUUUCCCAGGUCGGCCCUCGGUGUUCCAUCUGCUCCUCUACCCGGCCGUCUACAUCGGGCUGCAGGUCCUGAUCGGGAGCGUGAAGUCGUGGAGCGAGCAGGUGAGGCUGCUUUCCUGGACGCAGCUGGCGGUGCACUACAUCCUGGCUCAGUAUUUCUCUCAGGUGCUCCACAGAGGGAUGUCACGUCUGCAGUAUCACCCCUCAGUGAUGAGAAAACUCACCCAGGAGGGCGGCUGGAGACCUCCUCAUGGUCUCCCCGGCUUUGCGCGCUUCUUGUUCUUCGGGAUGCACGGCUUCCUGGACGAGGUGCUCUUCACGUCCAUCUUCAACCUGGUGGAGAAGUCCGACCGGAGCCUCAGCGGCCACACGUCCCUCUGGUCCUUCCUCAUGUACGGCAGCUGCAGCUUCGUGGUGGAGAAGCUCUACCUCCACCUGCACUACACCCGGGGCUGGGGCACCUGGAGGAGGCUGCCCAUCUACAUCUGCUUCAUCUACACCUGGGAGUUCACCUGUGGGUUGCUGCUGAGGCAGUUCGACGCCUGCUCCUGGGACUAUUCCCACUAUCCCCACAACUUCAUGGGACUCAUCACCCUCCUCUACCUGCCCGGAUGGAUCCUCCUGAGUCUGUACCAGGAUGUUCUGUCCAACGUCCUGCUGGGGAUCAAGUGCACCAAAGACGGAACCGACUCCAAUGGAGAAGUCAACGGACGAGUGGAGUCCAAGAAAAAAAUAUUUUAACACUUCUCUGGCCCAUUUUCAUUGACAUUACUCUAUGAAAUUGAGUAAACAGGGCACAUAUUUAUUACUAAACUGACUGAAUGAGAGGAAAUCCAGUAGAUUUUGGGUGCACAUAUCAAAAUAUUUAACUUUAACUUAAUUUGUUUUGGGCAGGAAACACAUAGUUGAACACAGGAAGCUAUGGUUUACAUUGAAGUCUGGAUAGGAGUCUGCAGAUCAGACAUUUUCCACUUGUCAACUCUGCCAAGUCUGAUAUUUCAGGGUCCAUUAAUGAAGAUAAAACACACAGGAUCCCAAUUGUUUAAAUUCCUACUGCCGUUUUUAUCUAUGAAAUGUAAAAAACUGUGUAAUUUUAGCCACUUUUACGUGUCUUCAUGGCUAAAAAGGUGUGAAUAUUCAGCUUUUUUUAUUGAUUACUGUGGCAGAAGUGCAAUCUAAUCCGUUACAAGUGGGGUUGGACUAGCAUGCUUUAUAACUGUAGCUCAUAUCUGCAUGCUAAAGCUACAAAUAUAAUACCAUCUGAAAGGUUUGUGAUUUAAUCUACAGUCAGUGUUUUCAUGAAGAAGCAACUGUUCAUCUGUUUAAUUUCUUUUAAUCUUUGUGUUAAUAUGACCCCUGCAUGCACAGCAGCAAAUAGAGACAAGAUAAUCCCAGUAAUGGAUGUAGCAGAAGAAAACACUUGUAGCUGAAAGGACGUGAGGAGCCGAGUGAGAUUUUACUGUGAAUUUUUCAUGAACCAUACGUUACUUUGCUGGAGUGCCUUCCUGUGCAAACCCGAGUCAGCCAGACUCACAUAAACAACACUAAGAGUCCACAGGGAUCCCGUCUUUAUCUGCAAGUGCUACAGUCACAUUUAGACUUGACUCUGUUGUGAGGGUUCAGUAAGUCCUUAAAAUGUUAGAAUCUCUCACUUUGGGUUUUUGAAAUUAGAAACUAGCUUUUGUCAUUAUAUCCUGUCACUUGCUUCGUUGAUAAAAAGUGGUGCAAAAACACAUUUCUGUCAAAUUCUACCCAAGCAUGCAACUAACACUGUGCCUUUACAGCACUAGUGAGCCCAGUACUGUGGUUGGUGUGGUCUAACUUGGCAGCUAAACUGAUGUUCUUAAACAUUUGCAUUCUCUACCCACCUGACUGAAUGACUCUUUAAAAAUUUUCCAUGGCCGAAUAACUGUAAUUUACCUUCACUUUUGUGUUGUUCACUUAUAUAGGAAUAAAAGACCAAACUCCUUCUAGAAAAGGUGCAAAAAGCUGGGAUAAAAUGCAAAUUAAAGUAAAAAACAACAUCUGACUUGCAGUGGCAUGUACUGUAUGACUUGCAAUUUUGAUUAAAUCUGAAAUUUUCCUGUGACACAACUGGGAUUUCUUCAUUU